CCGCGGGCGGGGCCGGGCCGGGCGGGCAGGCCCGGGAGCCGCCAUGCCCAAGGUGGUGUCGCGCUCCGUGGUGUGCUCCGACACCCGCGACCGCGAGGAGUACGACGAUGGCGAGAAGCCGCUGCACGUCUACUACUGCCUGUGCGGGCAGAUGGUGCUGGUGCUGGACUGCCAGCUGGAGAAGCUGCCGAUGCGGCCCCGGGACCGCGCCCGGGUGAUGGACGCGGCCAAGCACGCCCACAAGUUCUGCAACGCCGAGGAGGAGGAGAGCGUCUUCCUGCGCAGACCCGAAGGCAUAGAGCGGCAGUUCAGGAAGAAGUGCGGCAAGUGUGGACUGCUGCUCUUCUAUCAACACCAACAGAAGAAUGCUCCCGUGACGUUCAUUGUUGAUGGUGCUGUGGUCAAAUUUGGCCAGGGUUUUGGGAAAACAAACAUAUAUACUCAGAAACAAGAACCUCCCAAAAAGGUGAUGAUGACCAAACGGACAAAAGAUAUGGGCAAGUUCAGUUCUGUCACAGUCUCCACAAUUGAUGAAGAGGAGGAGGAAAUCGAAGCGAGGGAGAUUGCAGACUCCUAUGCACAGAAUGCGAAAGUGAUUGAGAAACAGCUGGAACGCAAAGGCAUGAGCAAGAAAAGGCUACAGGAGUUGGCUGAGUUGGAAGCCAAGAAAGCCAAGAUGAAGGGAACCCUGAUUGAUAACCAGUUCAAAUGAAAUGCUACCUAUCUGCUGGAUACUGGGAGACAGGAGAAGGUUACCAGGAGCUAUCACAGAUGGGUUAACACAGCAGAAGUAACAGACAGCAUUCAAGGGUUGCACUAUGCUGAGCCAACCUGGAGGGUGAGAACCUCUCUGUCAUAAGUGAUACUCUGGUACCAAUUUUAAUAACUCCAGCAGCACCGGAGACUUUGCUGAAACUGCAGUUCUCUACAGACCCAGUGUUAGGAGCAAGCUGUUCCAGGCAGAAUAUUUACUUUCAGGAAAACGUUUGCUGGGUGCCUUCGUGAGUUCACCUUUAGAUAACUGUCUCUUUAUUUUGGUAGUGUAAGAUUUCCUUGAAUGUAUUAGAACAACAGGUCAACUGUAAAACAAAGACAUCCUUACAAAAGUAUGCUCUGUGCCUGUUACUUAUUUCGUUAUUUUAACUGUGUCCAAAACAUGCAGCAGCCUGAGGGACAUGGCAUUCCAACACAGUCUGGAACAACUGGGAUGCAGGGCUUGGGCAUCAUUCUGCUGCUCACCCUCACCAGAGGCAGCCAGCACAGGCUUGGCUGCAGCACUCCAGCCUCAGCUCCUGUGGUACAGUGGAAGGCUGCAGUUGUAGAGAAUUGCACUGUCCCAGCAGCUACUGCCUCAUCCAAGAACAUGAAAUCCAAGCCUGUUUUAAAUUAAUGAAAAUAAAAACUGCCACUAAUGAUUUCAAAUAUAUAGUUGGAAGCUACUGAUUCGGGUGGUGAUCAUUUAAAGUAGAAUACCACUGCAUGUCUGAACUAACCCGUUCUACAAAACAGCAUCAGUAUCUGGAGUUGUGAAAUGUGGAGGAAAAUUGUUUUGAAUGUUCUGACCACUAAGGACUUGGAUAAAGGCAACAUUACACAUCAGUUUUUAAAGUACCUUAUUUGGGAAAUAAUAUUUUGUAUCUCUUGUUGAUGUAAUAGCAGUGCUCUAUAGCCCGUGUCUUUGUUGCUCUACUUGAGAUUAAAUGCCAUGUUAUGGAUUUGAACUAAAA